CACUCACCACUUGCUUGAGCUGAAAUGGAUGUGCAAUCUGUAAUUGCUGUCCUCUGUUUUCUUAUCAUAGUUUUCCACUUUUUAUCAGAGAGAGCUGUUAAGGCUUCUCGAAAGUUGCCUCCAGGACCGCAAAAACUUCCUAUAAUUGGCAACAUUCACCAGCUAGCUGGUGAAGUGCAGCAUCGUGUGAUAACAGAGUUGUCGAAGAAAUAUGGCCCGAUUAUGCACUUGCAGCUUGCUGAGAUCCCGGUCCUUGUGGUGUCAUCGUCGUCGAUAGCUAAAGAAGUCAUGAAGACUCAUGAUCUCGCGUUUUCAAACCGUUCACAGCUUCAAGUGAGCAAGAUUAUGCUGGAGGGGUGUAAAGAUGUGGUGUUCAAUGAGUAUGAUGACUAUUGGAGGCAAAUGAGGAAGAUUUGUACUGUUGAGCUUCUCACUGCAAGUAAAGUUAAUUCAUUUCAAUCGAUUCGUGAGGAUGAAGGGUGGAAACUUGUGGAAUCUAUCAAGAGUUCUUUGGAUUCUCCGGUGAAUCUUACUCAUAAGUUUGGUGCAUUGGCUAAUGCUAUCACAUGUCGUGCAGCUAUCGGGCAAAGAAGUAAGUAUCAAGAUGAGUUGGUUCAUUUAAUUGACACCAUGACUGCUCUGGGGAAUGGAUUUGAUAUUGCUGAUUUGUUCCCUUCUUAUGGGUUUCUUCAUAAUGUCAGUGGAAUUAAAUCUAAAUUGUUGAAGAUCCGGACUCAGAUGCAUGAGAUCUUUCACAACAUUAUUAAGGAGCAUGAAGAAAAACGGGCCAGCGCAAAAUUAGAUGAGAAUGGUCGCGUAGUUGGAGAGGAAGAUUUAGUCGAUGUUCUUUUGCGAGUUCAAGAAAAAGGUGGCCUUCAGUUUCCUAUCUCCUCUAAGAACAUUCAAGGCAUCAUUUCUGACAUGCUGACAGCUGGAACUGACACGGCUGCUGUAGUACUUGAUUGGGCCAUGUCUGAACUGAUAAGAAAUCCGAAAGUCAUGGAGAAGGCACAAGCUGAAGUUAGGAAGGCCUUCAAAGGGAAAACAAAAAUACGAGAAGCUGAUCUCCAGGAAUUAACUUAUUUAAAGCUCGUAAUCAAAGAAACUCUGAGGCUGCAUCCACCAGCACCUCUUUUACUUCCUAGAGAAUGCCGAGAACAAUGUGAAGUCGAAGGAUACACUAUUCCUGUGAGGACCAAGCUUAUGGUAAACGCAUGGGCAAUACACAGAGAUCCUGCAUACUGGCCAAACGCAGAAAGUUUUGAACCGGAAAGAUUCAUGAACAAAUCUAUUGAUUACAAUGGCACAAAUCCUAACUUCAUUCCAUUCGGAGGAGGAAGGCGAUCAUGCCCUGGAAUUGCAUUUGGCAUAGCUACAAUGGAGUUACCUCUUGCUUUACUAUUGUAUCAUUUUAACUGGCAACUGCCAAAUGGAUCAAAGCCGGAAGAUUUGGACAUGAAUGAAGUCUUGGGAGCUACCCUAAAAAGAAAAACUAGCUUACUUUUAAGUGCAACUUCUUGUACUCCAUCUUAAAAGGAUGAAGCUAAGCAUUAGUAAUAAUUAAGGAAUAAUGUUCUGGUAAUUCGAGUGCAGUGUAUAUGGUACUACAAAUGAAGACCUAGCAAGCUGAACAUUAAGCGGAUGCAGCUUUAUAUAGCUGUAUGUACUGAUUAUACUUGAUGAGUAUAUUUCACUUGUUCAUGUACUAAUUAUAUAAGGUUUGUUCAUAUCUUCA